AUAAAAUAUUUGCUGAAUCGAGAGUUUAUUUAAUAAAACUAUGACCUGCAUUCCUACUACUUAAAUUGGCACCAAUUAACUGACAAGCAAUAAUUAUUGGAAAAUAUUAGCUAAAUACUAAACUGCGUUUUAAUUUCUUUUGUAAACAACAUCAGAAUAGAAUACAUAACAAAAUAUAUUACAAUAAGCUUCAUUGUCUGUAACAUUACGGAGGAUGCGCUUUAUAAUGAUAACAGUAACAAUGACAUCAAAGUUAUAUCAAGCAAGAAUAUUUGUCUGACCCAAGGUGCAGAUUAUGUCUGCGGUAAGCGAGGGGUCGCAGCCGCUGUUGCGGCGCGUAAAGCAGGAGGCUGAGACCCCCACCUCCUACUCCUCGCCCGACCUCCACCGACCCAUGCCGAUGAUGCAGCCCUGCCUGGACUUGGAGCCCAAAGAGGAGAUGAAGUACACGGUGUCCCCGGGCGAGGCGAGCCUGGUGGGCAACGCGAGCCCCGAGCAGCAGCACUGCUCCUCCACCACGGUCGCAGCGGCCACCGGCAACAGGGAGGACGACGCCCAGCGCCGCCUGUGCCUCGUCUGCGGCGACGUGUCCUCGGGGUUCCACUACGGAGUCGCCAGCUGUGAGGCCUGCAAGGCCUUCUUCAAGCGCACCAUACAGGGCAACAUCGAGUACACUUGCCCGGCGGCGAACGAGUGCGAGAUCAACAAGCGGCGGCGGAAGGCGUGCCAGGCGUGCCGCUUCCGCAAGUGUCUGCGCAUGGGCAUGCUGCGGGAGGGCGUGCGCCUCGACCGCGUGCGCGGCGGCCGGCAGAAGUACCGCCGGGCGCCCGACGCGCCCCAGCCCACGCAGCCCAGACCGCACAUUGAUGAUAUCAAGGUAUUAGAAGCGCUAGCGUCGUACGAGCCAGAGAUGCUGACGUGCGGGACGCCGCCGGCAGGUGUGACAGACCCGUCGGCGCGGACGCUCGCGCUGCUAGCCGAUCUGUACGACAGAGAGCUGGUGGGAGUCAUCGGCUGGGCCAAACAGAUACCCGGCUUCACGGAUUUGGCGCUUAAUGAUCAGAUGCGGCUGCUGCAAAGCACGUGGGCGGAGAUGCUGAGCCUGAUGGUGGCGUACCGCAGCAUGUCGGCGACGGGCGCGCUGCGGCUGCGGUUCGCCGCCGACCUUGCGCUCGACGAGCAGCAGGCGAGGGACAUCGGCGCCCACGACCUGUUCCUACAGAUGGCGGGCGUGGUCCGGCGGCUGGAGCGGGCGUCGGCGCUGCGCGAGGAGUGCUUCCUGCUGAAGGCGCUGGCUCUCGCCAACUCGGAGGCGCGGCUGGACGAGCACGCCGCGUUGCGCCGCUUCCGCGACCACAUACUCGCCGCGCUCAACGACGCCGUGGCUGCACUUAGGCCGUACAACGCGAACGCGGCACUGCAACAGCUGCUGCUAGUGCUGCCGGCGCUGCGGCACGCGGACGUAGCGGUGCGCCGCUUCUGGUCGGGCGUGCACCGCGACCGCCGCGCCCCCAUGAACAAGCUCUUCGUCGAGAUGUUAGAGGCCUGCAUGCGGUAGACACACAUUACGCGAUGCGAUAUCGUAAGCGAUAUACAGAUGUGAUUAGAGAGAUAAAAUGACCGCAUUGAGUGUUUCAUUUUAGAUGCAAAACGGCCGCAUGGCAAAUGAAAUA